AUUAUUGUCUAAUUUGUCACGAACGCAGAGAAUAUUCCGGAGAAAUCUAGUGAAUAAUACAUAAAUUGUUUGAAUCUAACGUUUAUUUUGUGCUAUUAUAAAUAAACAAGCAAUCCCUAAAGAAAUUCUGAUCUAAAAAGUUACCAUGGUGGACUACAGUAAGUGGAAAGACAUCGAGAUAUCUGAUGAUGAAGACGAAACUCACCCCAACAUAGACACCCCAUCGCUGUUCCGAUGGAGGCACCAGGCCCGUAUCGAGCGCAUGGAGGAGCGCAAACGGGAGAAACAGGAGCACGAGCAAAGAAAAGCAGAAAACCAUCGCAAAAUCAACGAAACAAAGAAAAAAAUCGCCGAAAAAGACGCAAACAGCACAUCCCUAGAAUCGUUAACAAAAGCCCUCGCGGAGUUGGAAAAGGAAGCGGCAGAGAUUCAGAAGAAAGAGGAUGAGUUAAAGAAAAAGGAAAAGCAGACUCCGUGGAAUGUAGACACUAUCAGCGAGCCGGGAUUCACCAAAACCGUCAUAAACACUAAACCACAGCGUUCCGGAGAUGAGAACUUAACAGAGGAGGAGAAAGAAUCCAAAAUGAAGAAAUUCAUCAAGGAAAACGAGAAAUUAUUGAAGAAGUUUGGUAUGCUACAGAAGUAUGAUGAUUCAAAAAGGUUUCUUCAGGAGAAUAGCCAGCUGGUCUGUGAGGAGACUGCCAACUAUCUUGUCAUCUGGUGUAUCAACUUAGAAAUGGAAGAGAAACACGACUUAAUGUGUCACGUUGCUCACCAAACAAUCUGCAUGCAGUACAUUCUGGAGCUGUCCAAACAACUGGAUGUGGACCCAAGAGCUUGCGUCGGCUCAUUCUUCUCAAAAAUCCAAGUAGCUGAGAAGACAUACAAGGACUCGUUCGACGAUGAGCUAGAGCAGUUCAAAGCGAGGAUCAAGAAGCGGGCUGCGGAGAAGAUCCAGGAGGCGAUCCGAGAAGCGGAGGAGGAGGAACGGAAGGCAAGGCUGGGUCCCGGAGGCCUGGAUCCCGUUGAGGUGUAUGAUGAGCUGCCUGAUGAGCUAAAGAAAUGCUUCGACGCACAAGACGUUCCAAUGCUACAAGCGACAAUUGCCAAAAUGCCAGAGCAAGAGGCGGUGUAUUAUAUGAAGAGAUGCGUAGACGCAGGCCUAUGGGUUCCCGGAAAAAAUGAUGAGGAACCCACCAUGAAGGAGAACUCAACGCCGGAAAAAUCAGAGGAACCCAAGACCUCUGUCAGUACUGAUGACUUAGACUAAGCUUUUAAUUGUAAUUUUGUAAAUAAGUUUUCAUUUCAUGCAUUGUAUAAUUGUAUGCAUUUUUUAAAUAUUUAGUUGAAGUAACAAUUUUAUUUUGUAAUUGUCUUAUGUUGUUAAUGAUUGUAGUACUCAAAAAGUUUGCAUUAUUAUAAUAUUGAUGUUAAAUUUCCGAUAUCUUUUGAAUAGGUAAUAUGGUAGGUAAUAUGUAACAAAUACAAUUUAUUUCUUGUUAAUGUCAUAAGACACAUAAAAAAAUAAUAUGAUCAAUAACAUUUUUGUUCACUGUCCAUAGUAAGUAAAUAGCAUUUACUACUUACUAACAUCUUAUAGUCAAUAAAGACUCUGAAAUUA